AUGAAGAUUGCCUCCACGAUAGCUGUGGCCUCGCAGGCCGCUCAGCUCGACGACGGCGAGAAACUUCUCUUUGGCCGUGAUGCUUUAGAAGAAGCUAGAGCCCAAAUUAGCGCCGAAGAUACCUAUAGCGGCUACUUUCAACCUAGAAGCGACAUCGUCUUCGUGCGUGACUACGACGCGCGCACCAAUGAGCCGCUGUUCACGGCUGCUAUGAUUGGCGACAAGAAGUCUCAAAGGGAGGCCAAGAGAGUCAAGAAAAGCAAGGGCAAGUUGGGCAAGAAGUCCAAGUCGAAGCACGCGGAGUGA